GCGCUAGAAUUACUUCUCUUUUUCUCUGCAUUUAAACGAGAAAUAGAAAUGACUGUUGCGAAUGGCUAAGGUUCUAAGAUUUUAAGCUUUCCAGCGGCAGAAGUAUCGAGGAGACACAAACGUUCAACGGGAAAUAAUUGAGUUAGCCCAGCCGAAGCAGAGUUACUGGUCUCUAUAUAGGUAGCCGUUUAUUAUUGAAUUCCGUGGGUUUCCUUCUGCUGCGCCGGCGUAUUUGGUUUUUCUGUUAUAUAUUGCUACCGGGGAUUCCUUUAGGCUGUAGUACUUGCAAUUUUGAAAAUGAUGGUUGCUGGUUCAAUGCAUUCUUUGGAGUUGCGGUACAUGUCUUUCAAAGAGGGCGUUCCACAACCUAACUUAAAAGGAAUUCACUGGUAAUCAUACCCAGAUGCUGUUUUAAGCAAUCAGUCAAUUUCGGUGUGGCUUUCUGAAGGCUUGUAUAUUCAUGGGAGGCAAUGCUAUAGGGGCAGUGUACAGUUCAAGCAUGAACUGUCUGUGAGAAACAACAUUGGUAACGUGUACAACAAUUGUAGUUUCUAUGUUAGAAGAGAAGGCUUUUGCAAGAUGUAUACUCAAAUACCAAAGAAAAUAAGUCCUUUUUGUACAGUAUCUUCAUCUUUGCCACCCAGAGGUAAGUCAAAUAUUAGAUCAGGUAAUAAGUCAGAAGACUACAUUAGCAGACUUUUAAGAGAAAGGCCAAGUCUGGCUGAACCAAAGUUUCUCAAAGGGGACAAGAUAUACACGCAAAGCGAAAUAGAGGAAAAGAAAAAUUGGUUUGGAAAGCGCUUUAGUACAGCACUAAAUGAAAUUUUCAGCAAGUUAGCCUCAAAAGAAAUCAAAGAUACACAAAUCAAAGAAGAGGAACAAAGAGGAAUUGGGGAAGACACUGAUAAAGAGGCUCCAUUGAGGGCUGUGUACCUUAAAGACCUCCUGAGGCAGUACAAAGGUCGACUGUAUGUCCCAGAAGAGGCCUUUGAUUUUCAAACAUCUGAAAUAGAUGAGUUCAACAGCAACUUGAAGACGUUACCAGAAAUGCGCUUUGAUGAAUUCUGUAAAUUGAUGAAGGCAAAUCAAAUUGGGAUGUUGACAUCAAGGGCUUCUCCAAAUAUAGAUGGAAGUUAUGGAUAUCAUGACUUCAUUGUUGAUUUAAAAGAGAUUCCCGCAGCUUUGAGGUUGCAAAAAACGACUUGGGCCAUGCAUUUGUCUGACUGGGAAGCACAAGCUAUUUUAGGACAGUACUCUGGGCCUCAGCGUGAGGUUGCAAGGAUAUUAACUCCUUAUGUAGUGCCUCCCCCUGCAAUGCCUCAUCCUGUGGGAUCCUCUAUCUCAAGCAGACUGAUGGUUGAACUCACUAUGUUAACAAGUGUGAUAACUGCUUUUGCCUUUGCAGCAGGAGGCCUUCUAUCAGCAAUGGUUUAUUCAGUCACAAGCCUUGUGGCUGUUCUUUCUAUAUAUACUAUACUUCCACUUGUAAUUUCUGUAGUGGUGUUUGUUGCCAGUAUUCUUGGAAGAGUUUUGCAAACACCCUUGUACAUUUUGUUUUUGGGACUUAAGCGUCUGUUUGCUGUUGUUAGUUACAUUUUUACAAGUGAUUUUAAGUCAAUGAUGCAGACAGCAGGAAUUAUGAUAUUUGUUGUUGCAGCCAUGACUGCUAUCAUAAGAUUCACUCUUAUUAGGAGGCCAAGGGACAUGAAGAAUUGGGAUAUAUGGACAGCUCUCGAGUUUGCACAAUCUAAACCUCAAGCCCGGGUAGAGGGAACAACUGGAGUUAUGUUUAAAGAUGUUGCAGGCAUUGAUAAUGCGGUUUUAGAGUUGCAAGAACUAGUGAAUUAUUUGAAGAAUCCAGAAUUAUUCAAUAAAAUGGGUACAAAACCUCCUCAUGGGGUACUCUUGGAAGGUCCUCCUGGCUGUGGCAAGACUUUGUUGGCAAAAGCAAUAGCUGGGGAAGCGGGUGUACCUUUCUAUGAAAUGGCUGGAUCUGAAUUCACGGAAAUUCUUGUGGGUGUCGGUGCUGCUCGUGUUCGUGACCUUUUUAAAAGGGCAAAGAUCAACAAACCAUCAGUGGUGUUUGUCGAUGAAAUUGACGCUUUAGGAGCUUCACGCCAGGGACAUGAUGAGGACCGUGCAAAAGAUCAUUAUGAUGCAAGUGUGAUGGAAAGGGACACAACAUUGAACCAACUUUUGAUAGAGCUUGAUGGAUUUGAUACAGGAAAGGGUGUCAUAUUUAUGGCUGCAACUAAUCGGAAGGAUCUCCUAGAUCCUGCACUUCUGCGACCUGGCCGCUUUGAUCGCAAGAUUAGAGUUCUUCCUCCUGGGCCAAAAGGUCGCUUAGACAUUCUUAAAGUCCAUUCUAGAAAAGUGAAGAUGUCUCCUUCGGUUGAUCUCUCUGUUUAUGCUGAAAUAUUGCAAGGAUGGACGGGUGCAAGACUGGCACAGCUUCUUCAGGAAGCUGCAAUGAUGUCAAUUAGGCAUGGCCAUGAUUCAAUUGUUCAAUACGACAUGGACAUGGCAGUUGACAGGCUUACUGUUGGGCCAGAACGAAGGGUCAAAAUGGCAUAUCCAAUACGAAGGGCAGCAGCUGAAGUUGGAUUGGCAUUGACAUCACAUUUGUUGCGGCGGCUUGACAAUGCCAAUGUCGAGUACUGCAUUCGAAUAUCUAUGGUUCCCCGUGAUACUCUUUCACGAACGAUUUUUACCAGGUUUGAAGAUAAUGAGCUUUAUGUUUAUGAGAGGCGACCACAACUUCUGCAUCGACUUCAGGUACUGCUUGGAGGUAGGGCGGCUGAAGAGGUGAUGUAUGGACGUGAUAUAUCAACACUGUCAUUAGAAUAUCUUCCAGAUGCAUCUUGGCUUGCUCGCAAAAUCAUUUCUGUAUGGAACUUGGAGACAACCAUGACUGUUCAUGCAGAAGGAACUCCUUGGGCACGUGCUUCAGACAUUACUGGUCCACAAAUUGAGUUUGAAGGUUCACUGUAUUCAGAUUAUUACUUCCACGAAGAAUCACUUAACCAUAAUCUGGAUGAUGACAUCAACUACAGGGCUGUGAAGCUGCUAAAUGACAUGUACAAACGCACAGUCACAUUGAUAAAACAUCAUCAUGCAGCUUUAGCUAAAGCUAUUUAUGUACUUGUUGAAAAGAGGGAGAUUAGUGGAAAUGACCUUGAUCUUAUAAUUGAUCUGUAUCCUGCGGAUACUCCUUUUCACCUUGUGGAAGGGGAAGACUCUCCAGGUAGCUUUCCUCCAAAGGUUGGAAUCCAGCAACUUCCAAUGGAAGUAUCUGAUGCAAUGUGGGAAAAGACAGUACAGCAAGACAAGAUUAGCUCGAAGACCUCUAUUUAAGAUUUAUUGAUUCCUCUGGUCACGCAUCAGUGAUUUAUCUUCUCUUUGUCACGUUAUUACCUGUAUGCAGCUGGUUUUCCUGGACAAAUAUGAUUGUGUGAUCAUGAUGGGAACAUGGGUGGAUUCUUCCUUCCACAUAUCAAAGCUGCAUUGCUCUUUUUAGAGGGAGGAUCAAAGCUUGCUUAAGAACAGUGUUUAGUUCUAGGUGCACUUUUAUUUGGUAUAUGCUUGUUAUACUGGCCUUUCUCACGUGAAAAGUGGAGGCUUUUUGUGCAGAGAAGCGAGAAAAUUGCCCCUUGUAGCCUAGGAGUUUCUUAUGGUCUAAAUUCAUCCAUUGCCAAAUGAAUUUAAAGUUUACUCUAAUUGAGGAGGAUUUGGUAUUGCUGGUACUUCAAAUUUAUUCAUAAAAUCAAAAUGGAAAUGUCAAAUGUCGUGCAAGUUGGAGCAAUCUUGGAAGUAUUGAAGUUGGAGAGCUAUGAUACGAUUAUUCAUUGACGACUGCCUAUUAUUUCUUGAACUCCAUCAAUAUGCAACUCUCAAGGCCCAUUCAAGAACAAUUUUGUCAACAGCGGAAUUCUUAUUAGAUGUAACAUCAAAGAUCAUAAAUUCAUAGUUUAUUUUCUUGA